AUGGUGCUGAGCAUACACGCUGACGCUCAAGCUCGUCUAAUUGUGGUCUCAACAAUGUGGAUUUGGAAAGGAUUCAUCCUUGCUGCUCUGUUCGCAGUGGUGUCGUCAAAAAGGCACCUGAUCACUGAUGAGGAACGACGAAAGCUCACCUGGAUUUGUGAGUACGAAAAGGAUGAACAGGGACGAAGGAUAUGCGUCCAUGCUGAUACAGAAUGCAGUUCCUGCAAAACAAUGAAGGAUGAACGCAAGAAGAAAGUUUGCUUAGGCGUCUGUGACAAUCAGAUAAAGUACAUUGAUGAUGAAACUAUGCAUUAA